AUGCAGAAUGCAUGUGGCAUCGAUAGUGAAAUUACUAAGAUAUUGAGCUAUUUUCAGUCGCAGGAUGUCAUGAAAAUAGACAAAAAUGAUCUGACUAUGUUUAUUAGGCAUUUUGAGUCUAAGAUUAAAACUCAGCAUUUAGUUGCUAAGAACAAAGAAUAAGACUAAGUGUAAAAGACCAUAAUGCUGAUCUAAGAAAGCAAACUCGAGAAGCUAAUAAGGAUCUUUAGAGAUAUUGAGAUAUCGAAUUUGAAGAAAUAGAUGACGGUGAAAAAGCAAGAAUAUGAACAAGCCCAAAGACAGAAGCAGGCUUCUUAGAAUAGAAUAAUUAGACAGAGUUAUUAGCAGAUGAAUGAAAUUGAGGAGAGUAAGGAAUAAGGUAAAUAUGACCCUGAAAGAGAAGAAUACGAAAAAGAGGGACAAUAAAUAUUAAUGAAUCUGCAGUCAGAUAUUAAUCAAAUUGAAGACACUGAGAAAAUCAUAUUUGAGUUAAGUAACUUGCUACAGUAAUUCUCAACCAAAGUUGUGGAGCAAGAGAAUAUGUCUGUUUUGAACGAAGGAAACUAAGAAUUGAAAAAGGCUCAUGAAUACUAAAAGGGCAAUGGGCACUUAUUUGCAGCUAUCUUUAUCAUCUACACAUUAAUGAUUAUCAUUUGGGAUUGGUUUAACACAAAGUAUUACUGA